CCUCAACCCAUUUGAUCCCCUUCACGACUCCCUUUAUAUGGAGAAGCAGUGUACGAUAUGCACGCUCAACAGAAAAUGUCCUCAUCGCCAGAAACAGCCGACGGGUCGCUGGAUUCUGAUGCUACCGGCAUGGACACGGAGCUGACCUUGGGGUUGCCCAGGGAUGGCGGCUCGAAGGCGGCCAUCGCUGGGGCGAAGAGGGCGUACGCCGGAACUGUCGGUCUUGGCCUCGGGAGCGGCAUCGGGAAGCAAAGUGGGGAUAUCGAGGUUGAUGCAGCUGAGAAAUCUGCAGCCUCUCAGGUGUCUUGUGCAGGAAAAGUCCCAGCAUCCAAGGCACAAGUGGUGGGGUGGCCACCGGUGAGAUCAUUCAGGAAGAGGACAUUGGAGAGCUGCAAAUACGUGAAGGUGGCGGCAGAUGGAGUUCCAUAUCUGCGCAAAGUCGACCUUCGGACGUACAACAGCUAUGACGAGCUCUUGAGGGCAUUGGAGGGUAUGUUCUAUUGCUUCACCGGGGACGGUAAUCAUUCGGAAGAGAGCAAGGCCGCGGAUCCAGCCAAGGAAAUGGAGUAUGUGCCCACGUACGAGGACGGUGACGGCGAUUGGAUGCUGGCAGGCGACGUCCCUUGGAAAAUGUUUGCAGAGUCGUGCAAGCGCAUUCGGUUGAUGAAGAGCUCAGACGCUGCUGGGUUCGCUCCAAGAACUCCAAAACGCAGGGGCUGAGUGGGGUACUGGCCAAAUUUGCUGGGCCAGAGAGCAUUGGUUAUGAGAAGAUUUUCUGGUUUCCUAGUAGUUUUUUAAUUUAGCUACCAAUGUUGUAUAUGAAGCCGCACACCCUUCUUUCAGAGUGUAAAACAUGAAAUAAAUCUAGUUCUAAUUGCUUCUAACAAGCAUUUACUC